AUGGCUCGCGUCAUGCAGUUCUGGCGCGGCCCCUGUGGUGGGACGGUAGAUUUCCCCAACUUCUUAAAGAAGUCGGGGGUGCCGGAGCCCGAUUGGGCGGAGCUGCUGGGCGUUGUGCGAGGUGCGAAGAGAGAGGCGAAUAACCCCCUGCUCCCCUGCGCCGUUUUCUUCUCCUACGCCUUCUUCCUGGGGCCGGCGUUUUUGGGAGCUCUUUCCCGGCGAUGGAGGAGAGUCUGCACAAAGGCGGAAGAGGAGUUCAACCAGAAGUACUCCGAGAAGAUCGGGUACCAGGUGCUCAUCGACUUCGAUCAUGGCAAGCUGGUCUUUCAUCCGCCGGUCGCCGCGGCCGAGCACUCCCUCUUCGCCCCCAAAACCGAGGAGAAGUAUGACUCGCGGGUGAUGCCGGCGCCAUUGCCGAACUUCCUUAACUCAGCGGGCGUCUCGGUGUCCGAUUGGGAUGACAUGGCGGGCGCCUACGCAGAUUUUGCAAACUCCAUUGCCUCGGUGAUUCGAUGCUCGAUUUUCCUCUAUGCCUAUGGUGCAAUCUACCUCUUUCUCCGGCUCAUCUGCAUUGCUGGCGGCUUCAACAAGAAGGUCCAGGAGUUCAAGGACAAGUACGAAGAGAAGACCGGCUGGCAAAUGACCUUCGACACGCUCAGGACGCAGCUGCUCCUCCACGCGCCGGCAGUGGACGACAGCGGCCCUGAGCCGGAAGUCGAUCCGCCCCGGGACGAGGAGUGCCCCGAAAGUCCCAAAAGUCCCCAAAGUCCCCCAAUGAAGCAGGCCGAGCCGGUCGUGGCCGUCCUGGUGAGCCCGCCCAGGGAGGGCAGGCAGAGGGAUCCUGAGGAUCCCAAGAGCCCCAAGGAGGCGGAAAGCAACGAAGGCGUUGAGCCCAGCAACAUGCCCAGCAACAUGCCGGAAGUCGUGAGUAGCAUCUAA